AUGGAUGCAGCACUUUUAAAUAACACGUUUAUUUUUAACCUUCGAAUUGCAAGAUUUGAUCUUCCACCACAAGCUGUUUAUCCUGUCGUUAUUACUGGAACUCUGAUGUACUUGUUUUCAGUGUUGGGUAACAUAACAAUCCUGGCUCUGAUUGUGACCCAGCCGAGACUUCAUAAGCCGAUGUUUUACAUUAUGUUCAGUCUCCCUCUGGCAGACCUUGUUGGAAUAACUGCUUGUCUUCCCAGAAUUCUGGUGGAUAUUGUAACUCAAACAAACAUGGUCUAUUACCCAACUUGUGUCAUGCAGGGUUUUUUGCUUCAUUUGUCUGGAACCAGCGAGCUUUUUGUUCUGGCAGCCAUGUCUAUUGAUCGCUACAUAGCAAUAUGCAAGCCACUCAGAUAUCACUCUAUAAUGAAUCCCAGCACAGUCUGUGGUAUCAUAGCUCUGGUCUGGGGUGUUGAUGUUGUCCUCAUUGUUGUGUUGUUUGCACUUCAGGUAAGACUUACAAAGUGUAAAUCAUAUAUUUAUAAUGUGUUUUGUGAUAAUGUAUCCCUGAUUCGACUCUCAUGUGGAGAUGAUUUAGCCAUAAACAAUAUUUAUUCAUUAUUUAUAACUGGAUUUGCUCAGGGUGUUAGUUUGGCAAUCCAGUUAUUCUGUUAUGCAUCAAUUCUUAAAGCCUGUAUUUCCCGAACACAGACCGAUGCUAGAAGUAAAGCUGUAAACACAUGCAUGGCACAGUUAAUUUCAUUUUUUCUUUUUGAACUAGUCGCUUCCUUCAUGAUUAUUUCAUACAGAUUUGAGAAUCUACCACCUAAUGCACAGAAAAUUAGUGGUAUAUUAAUGCCUAUAAUGCUUCCACUUGUUAAUCCGAUAAUAUAUGGAAUGAAAACAAGUGACAUUCGAAAUACAUUUUUAAUUGUGUUAAAAAAAAAGCAACAAAAGCAAAAGGUUGGCACGGCUGGUAUAGCUUGUCAAAAUAGUUAA